AUGAACUCUGUUAAGCUUUCUUAAAUACUUGCACAGGUUGUGUCGAAAAAACAUGCGAAAAUUCAUUUGCUUUAGCUAUUUGCGACAAACAUACAAGCAAUAGAAUAUGUAUUUGGAAAGGAAUAUUAUAAGAAUUAAUACGCAUUAGUUUCAUCAAUUAUCACUACUCAUACUGAUUGGUAAACCUGCCAUUCUUCUUUCAACUUGAAUAAUUCAGGGGCUGGAUGUGUUGCAAUUUCUCUUAAAUGA